AUGACACACAACAAGCAGAGCUUCCAAGCCGGUCAAGCCGCUGGUCGUGCUGAGGAGAAGAGUAAUGUGAUAGUGGAAAAGGUCAAGGAUGCUGCUGCCGGAGCUGGAGCGGGCGCACAAACAACGGGACAGAAGAUAUCGGAAGCUGCAGGAGGAGCCGUUAACUUCGUGAAGGAGAAGACCGGCAUGAACAAGUAGCGAUUCGAUAAUUAAACUGGAAGUUAUAAUUUCCAUGUGUUUAAUUAAUUGUUGUGGUUUUUAAAUAAAUUUGGGAGUUCUAAUUGAUUCUCUCAUAUUCGUCCUAGUUCUUGUUUGUUGUUGUUGUUGUUCUAGUGUUUUAAUGUUAUCAUGAUUCUCCCUUUAAUUAGGUGUGUAUGGGAUGUUUAUGUAUUUAGCUUCCCGUUAAUGAACAUCUAAUUUAAGUUCCAACAACUUUUAUCUUAUCCCUUAUUACUCAUGCACUUGAUUCUUUAUAAUAUACUUGAGUUUCUCUUCUUUCUUCG